UUCUGGACCCUGUGUGGGAACGCUCUGACUCCUAAGAGGGGGGUCUUCGGGAAGACGGGGGACCUGCAGACCAUCCUGUGCGUCUCCACGGCUAAAGAGGAGCUGACGUACUCCGGAGCGCUGAACGGAGACGUGUACGUCUGGAAGGGAUUCUCAUUGGUCCGCACAGUGGCAGCUGCUCACGGGGCGGGGAUCUUCAGCAUGCACGCCUGUGAGGAGGGGUUCGCCACCGGAGGACGAGACGGCUGCAUCCGCCUGUGGGACGUCGAUUUCAAACCCAUCACCAAGAUCGACCUGACGGAGGCGGAGCAGGGCUACAAAGGUCCGAGAGACACAGAACACAAGAGCUCAUGGGUGCAGGAAUGA